GUUUCCUGAAAAAGAAUGUAAAAUCCAAAUCCAACCCUUUUCCUUUGAACAUACCUUACUACUUUUGGGGGUGCUUAGUUUCUCCUGUCUUUUGAUUCCUUUGCUCUUAUUGUUUUUUAACCUUCUUUUCCUUUUUUAGACUCAACUCUUUAUUCCCAUCUCUACUUUCUUUGAUUUUGCUAAUUUGGUGCAAAUCUGUUUCCUUUUGAAGUUGCUUUUCUUUCUGAUUUUCUAGAUCUUAAAAGAUAUUAUACUUUCUCCCCUCUUCCUUUUGUUCUUUCCCUUCUUGCAAAGAUGGUGAGAGGAAAGACACAGAUGAAGCGUAUAGAGAACGCAACAAGUAGGCAAGUAACAUUUUCAAAGAGAAGAAAUGGUUUGAUGAAGAAAGCUUUUGAGUUAUCAAUUUUAUGUGAUGCUGAAGUUGCUCUUAUUGUUUUUUCACCAAGAGGGAGACUCUAUGAAUUUGCAAGUUCAAGCAUUUUAGAAACAAUUGAACGAUACCGCAGUCAUACAAGGAUUAAUAAUACUCCUAAAACAUCUGAAUCUGCUGAAAAUACUCAGCAUUUGAAGGAAGAAGCAGAAAACAUGAUGAAAAAGAUUGAUCUUCUUGAGACUUCAAAACGUAAACUCUUAGGAGAAGGUUUAGGAACUUGUUCCAUUGAAGAACUGCAGAAGAUAGAGCAACAGUUGGAGAAGAGUAUAACCAAAAUUCGAGCAAAAAAGACUCAGGUUUUCAGAGAACAAAUUGAUCAGCUAAAAGAAAAGGAAAAAACCCUAAUUGCUGAAAAUGUCAUGCUCUCUGAGAAGUAUGAUAACUAUACAUCACAGGCAGAAAAAAAAGAUGACAUAGAAAAUGUUGCUGAGGCUGAAGUUUUUGCAGAUCAAAGUAGUCCAAGUUCAGAUGUUGAAACUGAAUUAUUCAUUGGUCUUCCAGAAACAAGAACAAGGCGAAUUCCUCCAAAGUUGAAGACUAAUUAAUCCCUCUAACUAUGCAAAAUGAAAAUAAGGGUAAGGCAAAAUGUCUCAUCAAUAUUCUAAAUUGGAUUUGUUUCCUUAAUUAUGCUCUCAUCAUUCGGAUGAUAAAUAAUAAUACUAAGUGUAGUGAUUUGUUUCAUAAUAUUCUCAAACCUAGCUAUGCUCUUGAAGAAUUAUUUGCUGUCUUAGAAAGUAUUGUGAUUCUAUUAAAGUUUAAUUAUAUUUUUGGUCAUUCGAACAUGAAUUGUGUGUAGUUUUGGUGCUUUUAUAUUUGUUUGAAUGGUUUCAGUCCUUCACAGAAUUAAAAACUAGGGAUGAGGAUUUAAGAAGCAAUGCCAUAAUAAAUGGUUUUGAUAAAUUUCGAUGGAAUAACAUUGGAUCGAUAUCAUACUCUUAAUUGAAUGGUAAAAUAUGAGAUAGUAACUGGACAAUUAAUUGAAUAUAAAUUGAAAACUUUUAUCAGAUGCAAACUAAUAAU